AUGCCCACUCACGAACCAUCGCUUUGGUAUCGAGAUAGAGGCAGCCUUCGACUAGGAGAAGUCAAUAGAUAUGUGAUUGAGUACAAGUACAGCCCGUGUGGCGGACAAGAUGUAUCCCAGAUACAUUUCAGAGUCAAGAAUAUCGAGAACUCUGGAGUGAGGACGGUGCACAUGAUUAGUGGGCCCUUCAUCUUGUACUGUCAUGUUGUACCGUGCAAUUACAACCCGCGGCGCAAGUUUGAGCCUCAGGAUCCUCAAGCCAAUACCGAGGUUGUGUAUGCAAACCAAAUCAAGCCAAAUCAAGCAUUUAAUGCAACUUUGGUGCUCAACAAGAACUCGCUAUUGGAAACGAGGUCUGAAGAUGGCCAACCUGUAGAAAUUUACCAAUGGCAAGUUGACCUUGUUUCGCAAAUCGUCAUUACUAAAAAGACCAAGGUGGACUAUGACUUGAUGAUUGGCGAAGAUGUCGAAAUUAUGAAAAAAUUGGGGUGCAAUGUGAUUGAAAAGGCAUUGACGAGUAUAGUUAGCCUCGCGAGUGAUCGGGAAGCUAAACAGGAAAUGGAAAUCGAUCUGAAGUUCACCGAUAACCAUGUAUUUAACCCUUUGUUGAGUGUCGUCAAGAGCAACGCCGAUGAUAUCUGGACCAAGCCACCUGAAAAGCCACUCGAACCGGUUCAUCUAAUCAUAAUUACUCAUGGCCUCUUUUCGAACCUUACCUCGGAUAUGCUAUACAUCAAGGAUCAGCUAGAAUCAAAAGUUACCGAAAAUAUCAUGGUGCGCGGAUUCCGGUAUAAUGCAGGCCGUACAGAGAAGGGCGUGCGGAAACUUGGCACCAACGUUGCCGAGUAUAUUGUCGAUGUGAUUGAAAAUCUGCCGCACCGGUUCAGCAGGAUUUCGUUUAUUGCGCACUCUCUUGGUGGGUUAGUGCAACUCUAUGCUAUAAAGUACAUUUUGGUCACUAAAGGGGUUGAUUUUUUCGACAAGUUGAAUAUCGAGCCCGUUAAUUUCAUCAGCUUGGCAAGUCCAUUCUUGGGGAUCAUCAACGAGAUGAACCCUUUGAUUGCGUGGGUUUUCGAUCUUGGCGCAUUGGGCAAAACGGGGCGCGAUCUCACGAUACUGAAACGACUACCGGCAUGGAAAGAUAUCGAGAGGUUUGGUGAGCACAAUGCGCGCGACUCGUUUAAACCCGUGUUGGAAACGUUGCCUGAAGAUCCACUCCAGACGUUUUUGAGCAAAUUCAAGCGCUUGACACUUUAUGCCAACGCGAUAAAUGAUGGGAUUGUACCGCUCCGCACUGCGGCUUUGCUAUAUUUGGAUUACGAGGCACUCGGCGACGUCAACGAGUUGAUCAGAACCAAUCGCGUCACGGAGCAUCCAGAAUUGGAGAAUGACCAUCACGAUGUUGAGAGCGUGGAGAGUGGAAACACCGUGCUGGAAGUUCCUUCCGCGAAUGACGGCCGUAAUGAGCACGAAACGCUGCAGAAUGACCGUGAGGGUGCAGGCGUCAAGGAAAGUCUUAGGAGUGCUCAAGUUGAACAAAAGAAGGGACUGCAGAAGCAGCGUGCGAAAUACGGUGCUGGGAAACACCGGGAUUUCCGGAACUUGAACUUGCCUACCAAAGCCAAACAUUUCAAAAGACAAAAGAGGUAUAAACAUUUCAACAUCAAGGGCUUACAAACUGAGGAAUUGAAUGCAGGUCGUAAUGGUGAUGGUGGUGCGAAAGCAGGAGCAGAAAAAGAAGCUGAGAGCCGAACCGAGCUGGAAUCAUGUGAGGACACAGCAUCGUUAAUCAUACCGCCCAGAGCCUCGGCGAUUGAGUCAGCAAUCAAUACCCUCAUUUGUCCUCUCCCCUCGACAGAAUUCAUCUUGGACCCCGCACUGAGACAUCCCGUGAUUUUCCAUGAUAGAUACUACCAUCUUGACAAGGCCAAAGAAAACAAGAUGGAUGCAAACGACGACAAGCAGACCAGCUGGUUUGCAGACCGGUUCUUUAGGUUCCGGGGCAAAUGGAAAUUGCAUAAACAAGUUUUGAUUGCUAACAAGUACCACACAGAGAAGCUCACGUGGAGGAAAAUAUUGGUGAAUUUGCCACCUGACGCCCAUAACAAUAUUUCCGUUCGAAGAAGGUUUGCCAAUGGAUACGGCUGGGGUGUGAUUAACCACAUGUGUGAGAAUUUAUUCGAGUGCAAGCCAAAGGGUGCCGAUGAAGUUAUCAGUGAAACUCAUGAUGAGUUGGAUGCCACUGAGGAGCUUCGAGCUAAGAUUUAG